GCGGGCCAAGAUGGCGGCGGGCGGGCGGCUGCUGCGGUGCUGCUGCUCCGUGCUCAGGCGCAGCUUCCCAGUCCUGGCCAGUGUCCGGCAGCGAGGCCUCACCAGUGGACGGUGGCACCAGGCYGUGGGGCUGGGGGUGGCCCUGUGCGCUGUCCCCGUCGUGGAGCAGCAGAGCUCGGGGUCCCUGAGCAAYGAUGCCCUGAUCAGAAGAGCCGUGUCCCUGGUGACAGACAGCACAGCCACGCUGCUCUCCCAGACCACCUACGCCCUGAUCGAGGCGCUCACCGAGUACACCAAGGCAGUUUAUACCCUGGUGUCUCUCUACAAGCAAUACUCCAACCUCCUGGGGAAAAUGAACUCAGAAGAGGUUGAUGCAGUCUGGCAGGUGGUCAUAGGAGCCAGAGUGGAUAUGACCACCAAGCAGCAGGAAUACCUCAAGCUGGAAUCCAGCUGGAUGACGGCGCUGCGGCUCUCGGAGAUGGCGGCAGAGGCCGCGUAUCAGUCUGGUGCAGACCAGGCCUCGGUGACAGCCCGCAGCCACAUCCAGCUGGUCAAGUCCCAGGUGCAGGAGGUACGGCUGCUGUCCCAGAAAGCAGAGACCAAAUUAGCUGAAACUCAGACAGAAGAACUCAUCAAAGCCCAAGGAGAGGACUCUACAUCACCACAGGGUGUUCUGGGAAAUACAGAUGCAGGUGAUGACCCUUACCUUCGGGAGGACUGAACUGAACUGAAGACUGAGGGUCARUCACAAAUUAGUGUAAAACUGCUGAAAUAAGUCUGUGAUUCCAUUUUUUCCCCCAGAAUGGAUUGCUUUACAAAUCAAGUAUUUGGAAGGCCUCAAUUUUGUUUGUAACUUACCUUGUUUGUAAUAUUUUUGGAUUCAUUUAUUUGUUUAUCUAUGCAAAUGUGAAGACUGUUAUCAGGGAUGGCCUGGUGUUAAUUGUGUCUCUGCUGCUCCUUUGGUGUGUUUGUGGGAGCUCAUUAGGGAUCAGCCAAAGAAGUAUAUUUAAAGAUCCUUGUUUUUAACCUGUAAAUGAUGCCUGUGAGGAGAUGCCUGUAUUAAACUGUGCAAAA